AACGAUAAAAGCUGAACCAAAAUAUAGCUCAUAUAUUAACCAGAUGGAAAAGUGUCUUUUCCAAUUCAAUAUACAAUAACAGCUGUACGCACACUCACACACACACAUAUAUACACAUAUAUAUAUAUAGGACAUAAACCUGUCGAUAUACUACAUACAACUAUAACUCAAAACUAUACGCACCGUUUCAUGAAAACAAUCUUCUCUCCAAUGGCUUCUCCUGCGAUCACACUCAAAACACGAUUUCCUUUCCCAUCGCUUUCUCAACAACGGCCACUACGUAACCCUAAACACUUCUUCGCGUAUACAAUCAAGACGAGUUCCAAACAAAACGUCUCGUUGUCGAGAAACGCCGUACGUCGAACGAAAUGCUCGUUCUCGGUCGCCCAUGCAUCCGAUGGGAUAAGAGAAUCUGAGGAAGAGAACUGUCGGAAAAUACCCUUUUCGGACGAAUCAACGGUCGGGAAGAAAAGGGCGUUUUGGAAAAGGUGGUGGAACUAUUGGGACUUGACGAGGGCGACAGAGAUCUCCUACGUCCAUCUGCUUAGCCUUUUAGCGCCAUUUCAGUUCAACUUGUCGGCUUUGCGGGUGGCUCUCGGGCUAUACGUGAUUACUAUACUUAGUAUUACGUUGUCGUAUCAUCGAAAUCUUGCCCACCGAAGUUUCAAUCUACCGAAAUGGCUCGAGUAUUCCCUGGCUUUUAUUGGCACUCUUGCUGGCCAGGGCGAUCCAAUAGAAUGGGUGAGCUACCACAGAUACCAUCACCAUUAUUGCGAGACACAACGCGACCCACAUAGCCCCACGCAGGGAUUUUGGUUUAGCCACAUCCUUUGGAUAUUCGAUACGGAUUACAUCAACCAAAAGUGUGGGGGGCUACAUAACAAUGUAGCCGACUUGGUGAAGCAACCAUUCUACAGGUUUCUUGAAAGAACUUGGAUUUGGAACAACGUCGCCCUCGCCCUUCUCCUCUACCUAUGGGGCGGUCUUCCUUUCUUCAUUUGGGGCAUUUGUGUGAGAAAAGUGGUUGCCUUCCACGCCACUUUUCUAGUGAAUUCAGCAUCUCAUGUAUGGGGAAAUCGUGUGUGGAAAACCAACGAUCUGUCCAAGAACAGUUGGUGGAUCGCAUUAUUGACAAUGGGAGAAGGGUGGCACAACAACCAUCACGCGUUCGAAUUCUCGGCGAGGCACGGCCUAGAGUGGUGGCAAUUGGACGUCACUUGGUACGUCAUCAUGUUUCUCCGGGCUGUCGGUUUGGCCACCGACGUUAAGUUGCCUACGGAAGCUCAGAAGCAAAGGAUGGCUUUGUCCGAUGGAUGAUCGAAUUUUGACAUGAACUUAGUUUGAUGUGGAACAUGCACCGAACGCUAUGACGUUUUUUUGUCAAGCAAAUUUGUUCGAAUCACAUUCUUAUACGCAAUAAUGAAUUACUAUACGAUUCAAAACA